CACAGUGACGUACCGUAAGAAAGAUCGAUUCGCUUUUUUUUAACCUUAAUUUUAUGUGUUUCUGUAAUUACUACUUACUUUUGUAUCGUUGAAAUGUGUCUGAUACCAAAUAUGUUUUAUGUACAACAAAUACCAAGCUAUAAUAAAACAGCAGUAGGCUAAUAAAUAUAGCCGAGUGUAGGUAAAUCGACAUUUCCUUUAUAAGGCACAACCUGGAUGCUAAUAACACUGAACAGGCUUGUACUAAGCAAUCAUUACGGCUCUAACGACUACACCCUAAAGGAGGGAGGCUGGGGACAAAGCUACAGCGGAUGGACGCUUCGAGCUGAGCUACGCUGAGAAAUGCGGGCUCCUGUGUGCCUCAACUGAGGCAAGUCUCCUUUUGUGCAAUGGAAGUGAAGGGAUGCCGCCAGCGCUGGAAAUUAAAUCGCAGAGAGCUACAGAGCAAGAGAUGCUCAACUCCAGAAGUCACUGAAAGAGUCAAGAUAGAAAAGGGGGACAAAGAAGAGCCAUACAAAGGUGUUACCAUGGCAGCAACCUCCAAGUAUCUGACAGGCAGGCAAUAUCUCACUAGGAAGCCUCUGUUUUCUGUAGAAGAGCAUGUGUCUAUCUUAAAGAAGACACGUCCACAGAGGCUCAUGGAAAAGGAGAAACAACAGGACAGAAGUGAACAUCAUAAUAUUAAAUUCUUGCCCAAACCAAGAGAGGAGCUCAUCCCACAGAGACUUAGCCUGUCUCCCAUUGAAAUGUCACUUCCCUCUACCUCUGAAGAAGACCUCGGCUCACCCUUGGGUGUUUCAGAGCUGCACCAUGAGCACUCCGCUACAUUUGGAACAUCUUUCCCUGGAAACAGAUUGGCUCAGCAGAGCCUCUCAAGGUCUAACUUUAAAGUCUGUGGACUUGACCUUCCUCCGAAGCCCAGACUGACCUCCACGGUCCUUUAUCCUACGUACAGCCCCUGUUCAAACAAACGAAGCCAAGCUCAGCGUGCGAUAGAGAGCCGGAGGGAGAGAAGUUGGAGAGAGAGAAAACUGUGUUCUUCUGGAGUAAACUCAAAAGAGAUUUCCAAGUCUCCCUAUCAGGCAGACUACUGGGCCUGUGCCAUCCCUGAAACUUUGCCCCCAUCUCCAGACAGGCACUCCACAGCAUGGGACCCAAACAAGGAGUACCAGGAACUGCUGGAUUACACCUACCCACUAAGACCAAGACAGGUAGACAGUGAAUGGGACAGCUCCAAGAGCCUUCGGGAUGACAGCCUUCAGACAAACCUCAACCUGCAGGACUCAGGAAUUGCAAUGGGCCACCCAUGUAGUUCCACCAGCCUGCCAGGGUUGGACAUUUCAACAGGUGCAAGAGGACAGAGCAGUGAAAGAAUCACUCUUAGCUCGAAUGAUAUGUCACCUGACCUGCAGUUCAUCACUAGAUCUUCAGGUGAACCACUAUCCCUGCUUUCUUUGUCCUCGGACUGUCUGGACUGCAGUGAGGAUGGAGGGGAAAUAAAUCCUUUCAUUAAUGAUAGUCUCAAUUAUCAGCACCAUAUGCGAUCCACAUCUACCUUUUCUGCUUUCAUACGCUCUGAAAGUGUACUUCGACGGUCCAGGUGUGUAUACGGGGACCUGGAUGAGGAAUUCCGGCCUCUUCCAGACCAGGUGGAGGAGCUGCAGCUCCUGUCCAGACAGGUGAGGGAGAUGACAGCUCAGCUGAGCUGGCCUGUCACAGCUAACUGGGACUCUCUGGAACCAUGCACCACCUCCUGGCCCUCUUCUAUCAGCUUGCCAGGAAAACAAGAGGAAAGGACUAAAGUCAAGGAGCUCCAGGAGGACAAACAAGACAAAAAUGACUUUAAAAAGUGGAGCACAGAGCACAAAAGUGCUCCUCCAACAGCAGCGGUUCACGUAGGGCAUGCUGAAGGUGGCUUGGGUCGCCCUAGUCUCAAGAAGGCUGAGACUCUGGUGGACCGGCUGUGUGGGCUCAGCCUGAUUGAUAAUCCAAAGGAGGGCUUGGAGGGCCAGGAGCAGAGUGACUCUCUGAUGCAGCACAUCAAGGUCUUCUGUUCUCACCUGGAGCUGCUCAUCCAGCAGCUGAAUGUCGUGUCAGAGAAGAUGGAGCUGCUGACUGAACCCACUGUGGACGUGGAUCGUGGGAAGUCAUCUCUGGCUGACUACCAGAGCUUUCAGAGAGAACUUAGCAGCCAUCAGCCGCUGGCCUCCUGCGUUCUGAAUACGGGACAGCUACUCCUCAGCUGCAUCAACAGCACCUCUCCAUUUUUAAGAGACACCCUGCUCCUGAUUGAGAGUCAGUCAGAAAUGCUGCAGGCCCACAAUGAACACUUCUUCUCCUCCAUCCUGUCUGCUAUAGACAGACUGGGUCAGCCCAAUCAAGCCAGUCCUGUCCAGCAGAGCAUAAAGUGUCCUGUAGUGGUCCAAGAGUCAACUUAACAGACCUCAACGACAGCUGACCAGACCUCAUAGCACGUCUGCAUCACAAAUAUAAAUAUUUGGUGUAAUUUCUGUCUAAGAACUCUGCUUUUGAUACAAGGCUCUUAUUUACUAUUCACAAAAAACACCAGUUCCUUUUUCACAUAAGCCUUCAGGACCAGCACAGAGCCACCAAAACACUUUGCAAAAAAAUGUUCUUUUCUUAGUCUUAAUAUUGCACUAUUUUUCUGCCUAUACUUAAUAUCACAUUUGUCUUUUCCAAGACAUUCACAGAAGUCAAAUUAAAAGUCUGUUAACCAUUUAUUUUAAAAAAGGAUCUCUGUAAUCUGAUUUCCAGACACCAAACCUAGUAAAUCAAACACUACAUUAGUGCAGCGACUAGAUAAACUAUUGUGAGGCAAACGGAGACACAUAGUGUGCAGCACAUAUAUCAUGACCCACAAUGAACACAGAAGCUUUUUACUCCAAAAGAUAAAGCUUCAAUUACUCCAGAGCAGGAACAUAAAACAGGACAAAUUAAAACAUGAGCCCUUGACUCCUGUCGUGAUGAUUGGUUACUCACCAGAAGCACAAAGUGCCUGGAUGGUCUGUACCACACAGCAAGUGAUGUUUUUGGUCACACAGCUCCAUGAAAAUACAAAAGGUUGAGAAGUCCAAUCAGUGACUAAGUGUUCUUAACUUUAUGGACAACUUUAUUCAAAUAGAUGAAUUAUUUUUAAAAAUUGCAAAGGCCCUAAUUAUUUUUGUAGUAGGCUGUAAACACUCAUUUUAAUAUGGGAGUGUAAGCACUUUUUAAUUGGACCAGUGUGUAAAUGAACACAUCAUCAUCGAAGCACUUUCUAGCUAACGUUCACAGUUCAGCAGACCAAAGCUGUCAGGGAUCAAACCACCAGACUUCCAGUUAGUAGAUGACCGUCUCCGCUUCCUGAGCCACUCCUACCAAUUGUUCUGUGACAGCUGGCAUUUGCUGCAGUCACAUGAUCAAUCAUGGACACACGUGCCUGAAACAGAGAUGUUGACAGGGAAUCCUUUGUAUUGUCAUCUGUAACGUUUGUGGGCUGAAUUACAGUUUUGCUCAAUGGCUCAAUUCUCACAGCAGAAAAGAAAUGGGACGUAUUUUAUAAAAGGCGCUCCAACAAUCCAAAGGUUUUUCACAUAUGUCAGAACAUGAAUAGUCAAUCACUUCAACUCUGUGAUGAAUGAAUAAAAAGCUUUCAGCACCCUUUAAAGACUAAGUCAUCAAAAUGUUUAUUUCUUUUCUCAAGCCCUUACUUUGGAAAGAGUUCUGCAUAAAUGUGGGAUUAAUGUAAAGUUUUUCAGAAACAAAUGAAAUGUGAAGGAUGUUUCUGAAACUUUACAAAACUGGUGGAAUGGGAAAAAAAAAGCAAACUAAUGUAAUAACUUUAUUAAAUACGACUGAUCCACUGCUCAUCGCAGUAAUCAAAAUAUCUAAUCAGCCUUUCACAUCAUUGCAUUUAGGCAUGUGGCAGCCAAACCAAGCAUCAGAAUAAGGAAGAAAGAUGACUGAGCGUGGUUGUCGAUGUCAGACGGGCUGGUUCGAGCAUUUCAGACAUUGUUGAUGUUCUGGGACUUUCCCACACAGCCAUCACAGGGUUUACAGGGAAUGGUCUGAAAUGGGAAACUAUCCAGUGAGCAGCAGUUCUGAGUUAAAACAGAAUGGUCAGACUACUUUGAUCUGAUAUGAAAGUAACAGUAUCUCAAACACUCAUUACAAACAAGCUAUGCAGAAGAGCACCGCUGUUGUCUUGUGUUGCUUGUGAGUUACAGCAACACUGACACCUGUCAGCUAAGAACAUGAAACUGAGGCUACAUUUUGCACAGACUCACCAAAAGUAGACAACAAAAAUCUGAAAGACACUCCAGUGGCCUCCAGAGUCACCAGAGCUCAGUGCAGUACAGCAUUCUUAAGAUGUACUUAAAGAAAGGGAAAUUUGGAUGAACAGCUUUGACACAAAAAUGAAAGUAUGUGUUUCUAUUUGUUGCAAUAAACCGCUGAAAGUGUGUUACUGUGUUUGUUCUUUCAUGCAAAUUUGAAAAAGGUUUGAAGUAAUGAUUGAAAACGUGAAUACAAUGCUGUUAAGUAUUCAGGAGCCUCAGUGACCCAGAGUUAUGAUUCACAAAAGUGCAAACUGGUCUGAUGAGUUGUCAGAUUCAAGUGAGACGUGCACAGUAAAAGUGUGUGUAAAAAUAAUAAAAGUGUGAUUUGAGAACUGCAUUAAGUGUAAUGCUGUGAGAAUUGCACGAAAGCUGUAAUGCAGUCAGUAACUCAAAUUAACAAUAUUAAAGCAGAACACCAGGAAAUAAAAGCCAAAAACAAGUAAAAAGCUAAAAAAAAAGAAAAAUUCCCCAAUGUGCACAUUCACUAAAAAAAAAGGCUUGGAUUUGGUUAUACCUUUUUUAUUACGCAUAAAAAACACUCGUUUACAGCAUUGUUGGGAACGUGCUUAGUUUAAUCUUAGAACUAGUGAAAAAUAGGAGGUGCUCAGGAGACGUUACUGUCAUCACCUCACUACAAGACUGUGGCACAAUGAAGACGUAUGCAUAGGUGUAAAAGUGAGGUCGGUGUUAGAAAUACAAAAAUAGAGUGAAAUGGCAAAUUUGUAUCAAUUUUCCUGUAAAAUAAAGCCAGAUUGCAGUGCUGAGUCAUGGUUAGAUAUAGAAUACUAGAAUUUCUUUUCUUUUGUCUUUUUAUGUGUGCCGAUGUGUGAGAGUUUUAUAUGAGCCGUGCACAUAUGCCACAUCUCUACCAAACAAUUUUAAUUUUUUUUUUUUAAAAAAGGUCUGCAGAUAGAUUUACAUCCAGUUCAUGAGUUUUAUACAGUUAUAGUUAAUGAAAAACUUUAUUGAACAAGAUUAGGAACUUGUGACCAUUUUAUGUUAUUACUAAAAGCUCGAACUUCCAGGUCGUGUUACUGUCAGAAUAAUAUCACUGUUAGGAUCCAGUGAAUCUUUACAUUUAAAUUCAUUGUCAUUAGUUUUACCUCCUACCAUUCACCUUGAGAACAUUUGUACACUUGUAGAAAAAUAAUUGAUCUGACAGGUAAAAACACCUGGAGCAUCUGAACAUUUGCUGAAAGGUCAAUGCAAAAACACAGCAUCCAAUCACAGCAUAGGCAGGUCAAAUAUGAAGUAUGGAAACAAGUGUUUUUAUUGGUGCAUAUACUUUUUUUAAAGUUUGUCUUUUAAAUAAAAAAUGAAUGGAUCAAAGGAGAUAAAGUAAUCACAAACAUUUAGCUUAGGUUAUUCACAUUAUUCAAGUGUAUAUCCCAAAUGUGUAUUUUUCAUGUCAUGUGGUCACCUGUUAUGCUCUAACUAUGCACAAAGAAAUGUCCCACCAAAAACCCAGAAAACAAGGCAAUCUGCCUGGGUUUGAGUCACUUAUUGAACAAUAAUAAAUAAGUAAACACAUACAUGCCUCUUUGUGCAUUGGAACACAACAAUGUCAUGUACAAGCAGAUUCUUGUCUUCCAGGCAGCCAGCUGCUGCGAUCAGAUCUUCAAAGAAUUUACACUCUUUAACCCGCAAAUAGAAAACACACAAAAAAUGAAGGCCCUAAUUCAUGUGUGGAGUAGAAUGAGAUGGAUAAUACCAUAACAUAUUCACCAACUGGGUGAAUAAAAAGGUACAACAGUUGCACCUUUUUAAUUUUUCCAAAUUUUUUAAAUCUGAAUCUGGGCCAUCAACAAAGCAAGAGAAGAGUGUGCAGGGCUUACUCUGCCUGUUCUCCUUCAUGGCUAGAAGUAGUGAAAAUUAUUAUGUGACAGUGCGUCCAUACGAGAUGCUUGACAAGAACUGAUCAUACAAAAGUGAUAUUGACAAAUGAUUGUUUAAAGUGCAGCACCUGAUAUCAACUUGAAAUCAAUAUAUACCAGUACUAUCAAGUUCCAAGUUUUGCCAAAUUUUG